CUCUCUCUAUGUUUAGGUUAUAGCAAAGGAGAUGAAACGGGGCACCAGAGGAUCUCGGCCAAUUUGGGCGACAAUGUGAUGUUCAACUGUGCCUUUGACUUUCCGGACAAAAUAGAGGUGCCGUAUGUCAUACACUGGCAGAAAAAGGGCGUAAAGAUACCCAUAUAUAUCUGGUACGACGGCUAUCCGCCCCACUUGGGUGAGGGCUAUGAGGGCCGCGUCUCGCUGUCCAACCCGAACGGGGCGUCACUCAAUCUGACGAAUGUACGCGAGUCAGACCAGGGCUGGUAUGAGUGCAAAGUCUAUUUCCUCAACCAACCCAACGAACAGCUCAAAAACGGAACUUUCGUUUUGCUCGACGUUCACGCUCCGCCACAUUUUGAUGAGAAACCACCGGAAUUCGCGUACGUGAGAGUCGGCGAGACAAUGAUACUCAAGUGUAGGGCUGAGGGGACGCCCACUCCUACCGUCGUCUGGCAAAAGAACAAUCUUCCCAUCGAAACGAAUGCAAACAUUCAGAUAUUAGGCACAGAAUUACGGGUCGAGAACUUAAGCGAAUCGGAUAUCGGAGACUACAUGUGUGUCGCGAAGAACAGACAGGGAUCGGUCACCGCCAACACCAAAGUGAUAGUCGCCGGUCCGGCCGUCAUAUCGGUUGCGCCCAAAAACACCACUAAACUCGAGGGCGACAAAGUGGAGCUCACCUGCGAGGCGAAGGCACUGCCCGCUAACGUCACGUACAGGUGGUUUCAUAAGGGCAUCGAGAUAUCGCAACUCUCGUGGCUCAUCACCCGAACCGUUGUCAAAAGGGACGGCACUUUACUUAUUAACCCGACCUCAUCCGAAGACACGGGAAAGUUCACGUGCGACGCCUUCAACGGUAUCGGCGAUCCCGACACCGCCAGCGCCUACUUAACCAUUGAAUUCCCGGCGCGCGUCACGUACUCGCCUUCAAUGCAAUACUUGCCGUUCGGUCUGUCGGGUGUUGUCCGGUGUUUCAUACAGGCGUCGCCGCCCUUCCAGUUCGUCACGUGGACGCGAGACCGGCGACCCUUUGACCCGAGCGAACACCCGGGCGUCAAAGCGCUCACAAACGGGUCGCUACUGUUCGAGAGGGUCACUCACGAACAUCAGGGCAGAUACCGGUGCACACCCUAUAACCUUCACGGAACCGCUGGCACCUCCUCUGUCAUGGAGGUCUUCGUGAGGGAGCCUCCAAUCUUCACAUUGAAACCGCAGGAACACUACCAGAAGCCGGUGGGCAGUGAAGUGACGAUGACAUGCGAUGGCGUCGGGAACCCAAAGCCGGUCAUAACGUGGCGUAAAGCCGACGGCUCUAAACUGCCGAAAGAGCGGGCAUUCAUUCGUUCCGGUAAUUUGACGGUCAAAUCAAUCAAAAAAGAGGAUCACGGCGUCUAUGAAUGUGUGUUAGACAACAUCAUCGCUACAUUAGUCGCCACAACCACUCUUCUCGUCGAUAGUACGACACCACACGCGCCGACUAAUGUAUCGGUAAACUCGAGUGCCUUUGCGGCGACGGUGACCUGGGUGCCUAAUUAUGAUGGAGGACAUCAACAGUUCUUCAGCAUACGCUAUCGAUUUUCUGAUGAGGACGAGACGGGAUGGAAGACGAUUAGAGUCCAGCCGCCAGAGACCACAUCCACUUUCACUAUAUAUAACUUACAAACUAAUACUGAAUACGACUUUCAAGUAUUCGCUUCCAAUACUUUCGGCAGAGGUUUGGGAUCUAAUAUAGUGAGGGCUCGCACUAAAAGUUGGGAUUCAGUUAAUGGUCAGUUCCCUACCGAUGAUUACGGCUCCACAUAUAUGCCUGUGCAGGAGCCUGAGAUGGGCACUCGUCCGGGCACUACUGAUACAUUAGAUGAGCCAACGAUGCCGUCGACCACAUCGGCCCCAUUAGGUCCAAAGCCAGGACAGGCCCGCAAUGUGACCGUCGAGAAGAUGGCUCAGGGAUGGGUUGUCUCAUGGCUUCCGCCAUUGGAGGGCACGACUAAAGUCUCGUACUAUACGGUCGAGUAUAAAGAAGGCGACGGCAAAUGGGUUACAUCGGAGUCCGUCUCUAAGGAGACCGCGUAUUUGAUCAAAGACCUGCAUCCGGGGCUUAAGUAUACGAUUCGUGUGAACGCAUUCUCUAUACUAGGAAUCGGAGAUUUGGGACAAUCACUAGAAUAUAAAAUACCCGGUCCCGAAGGGAUAAGAGGUCCGCGAGCUAUAACAGCCGGUAUAGUGGGAAGUGUGCUAUUCUUCGUGGCGGCCCUUAUAUUGAGUGUUUGUACGGUUAAGAUAUGCAACAAAAGGAAGAGAAGAAAACUAGAAAAGGCCUAUAUGAUGGUCACCUGCCCUGUGAUGGAUGGCGUGAAUGGCGGCCAUUCUCACGGCGGAAGUCCAGUGCCUCACAAACAGUAA